GCGGCGGUGUAAACAAACACGUUCGAAUGGGGGAGACGUUUAAACCGUCACCUUGGGGGCAGCAGCGCGGGGCCAGGGUUACUCAUGGUGGAUGUAUUGAGGCCUUAAAUUAUGCAGAAAGCCUCAAAGAAGAACAAACAGGCACUUGCUUCGUGUAAAGAACUGACCAUCCUUCCUCCAGCCAAGAAAAAAGAGGAAAAUCGGGAGGACUUUGUAGAGCUGCUGCCUCCAGAAGUCAGUUUUAAAAUUUUCAGUGAACUGGAUAUUCAGAGUUUAUGCAAAGCUGCAAUGACCUGCAAGAGCUGGAAUCGUGCAAUUGAGAACAGUGACCAUUUGUGGAAACAUCACUGUUUAACUGUAAGAGCUGUCUGUCAGCGAGAGAUAGACUGUGAUCGAGGAAAUGGAUAUUCAUGGAAGGUCACUCUACUGAGAAACUACUGGAAGAGCAAAGUGAAGCAUGAAUGGCUAAGUGGAAAAUAUAGCAACAUUCACUCACGCUGUGGCUUACCAGAAAAAAGCAUGUAUCCCAUGGAUGCUGAUACAUGGGGAGAAAUACUGGAAGCAGAACUGGAGAGAUAAGAAACCAGACAUGGAUCUUAAAUAGCAAGAAAUGGCACAGAACUGACUGUUUUUACUGUAAAUAUUUAGCCAUUCGCACCAGUGACAUUUGCAAAUAUGUAGUAGAAACUUCACUGGAAAAAAUGUAUAAAUACAGAGUUUAUUUUU